GGCGCCUGCCUGCAGAGCCUGAUGUCCGACGUGCUGCGCCCCUUCGUCCCGCAGUACCGCGGCCCCACCACCAGGGGGGGCCAGACCUACCUGCGCCUGGAGGACCUGCUGAGCGGGCUGGACAGCCCCGUCAUCAUGGACUGCAAGAUGGGCGUCAGCUCCUGUCCCUCUGAAACAGCGCUGCCCGUGGACACUGUGAUACACUGUCACUGGAUCAGCCCCGAGCGCCUGCACAUUCUGGGAGCAGGAGUAUCUGUGGACAAGUAAGAGAUGAUACAGUGAUCAGUGAUUGGUGAUAAUGAUCAAUAAUGCAGUGAUCAGUGAUGAAUCAUAAUGUUAGUGAUACAGUGAUCAGUGAUGAACGAUUGAUGAUAAGGUGAUGAGUGAUCAACGACAUGGUGAUCAGUAUUUGAUGACACAGGGAUCAAUGAUUGAUGACAUGGUGAUCAGUGAUUAAUGAUGCUUAUAUGUGAUCAGUGACACUGUGAUCAAUGUCACAUGAGUGAUUGAUGACCGUGAUCAGUGAUACAGUGGUCGACGUGCAGUAAGCGAUGGUGGG